GACUAAACAACUAGGUGGCGGCAGUGCAUCUAAACACCGACUAUCGCGCUCCAGAACCCAUGAAGAAGAAGCAGCAGUAAUGGAGGCAUCCUUCAGCCGGUCCAAGAGCCAGAACCAGGACCGACUGGACCUGAGCCGUAAAGGCAGCGUGGAUGAGGACAUCCGGUCGGUGGUUUCUCUGCUCAACGGCUGCGAGCAGUUCUUCACCACCAGCUCCUGUUCCGGAAGGAUCAUCGUCAUUGAUGGGGCGGCGUGCAGCGGCGACGUCCACAAGCAGGACUGUGUCUGGCUCUUGGUGUCCCACCAGAAGUGCUCCUCUGAGGACGUGAUGUGCGCUCUGAGCAGGUCCAGCCGAGACGCCGUGUUGAAGUUUGAGCCCUUUGUUCUCCACGUCCGCUGCCGGAGGCUGGAGGACGCUCAGCUGGUGCACUCGGCUGCCGUCAACUCAGGCUUCAGGAACUCUGGGAUCACCGUCGGCAGGACAGGAAAGAUCAUCUCGGCGGUCCGCAGCACCCACGGCCUGGAGGUUCCUCUGAGCCAUGAAGGCAGACUCCUAGUGGACGACGACUACAUCCGCUUCCUGACGCAGACGGCCAAUCAGAAGAUGGAGGAGAACCUGAGACGGAUACAGAGGUUCUACCAGAACCUCCAGUCAGCCCUGUCAGCAGAGAGACUCGCCGUUCCAGACGGUCCCAGUGAACCCCGAAGCGGGAGGACGGCAGGACGGGGAGCGAGCGAACAGAACCCGAGGAGCCGGCAGCGUGAGGCUGAGGGUUUCCAUGGUGACCUGGAUCUGGAUGACUGUCUGGAUCUGUUCACGUGAACGGGUGAGGGUUUCCAUGGUGACCUGGAUCUGGAUCUGUUCACGUGAACGGCUGAGGGUUAACGUUCCUCUAAGACCAAACCGUCCCUGACAGACAUGCUGAAGGAGGAGUGACAUGACUGAACAUUGGACCCGGUCCUGCUGGUCCUGGAAUCGCAGCCGGUCCUGCUGGUCCUGGUCCUGUUGGUUCUGGACCUGCAGCUGGUCCUGUUGGUCCUGGACCUGCAGCAGGUCCUGUUGGUCCUGGACCUGCAGCCGGUCCUGCUGGUCCUGGACCUGCAGCCGGUCCUGCUGGUCCUGGACCUGCAGCCGGUCCUGCUGGUCCUGGAAUCGCAGUCGGUCCUGCUGGUCCUGGAAUCGCAGUCGGUCCUGCUGGUCCUGGUCCUGCUGGUCCUGGAAUUGCAGCCGGUCCUGCUGGUCCUGGUCCUGCUGGUCCUGGACCUGCAGCCGGUCCUGCUGGUCCUGUUGGGUCCAGAAGAGCAGCAGAGAGAACCGGCUCCUCCUUUAAACCCACCUGCUGAUGGAGGCUUCAGUUUAAUGGACGUUUUACUUCACUGUUUCUUAUUCAUAGAUCUAGAUCAUAUAGACCUCUCCUUUUUUGGGGUUUUGUUGUAAAUUUAAAAUCUGUUUAAAAGUGAUAGAGAAUAAAAAUAAAUAUGUGGAUGUUUUGAAACUA